AUGACUCGCAUCUAUGUUCAGCGUGGUUCUUCCACUGGUGGUACUUCUCAGAACCCUAAUCCUAACCCUAAUAACCCUAACCAGAACCCUAACCAUAGCCGGGCUGGGUCUUCUUCCGUCGCCCGGCCGGAGCAUGGAGCACAGGUUCAAUCGGCUGCUAAGGAUGAGGAAAGUGUAGAGGAGCAACAUAAACUGUCUGUUGGUGAUGAGAUUUUGGAGUAUGCUGGGACUAGUAACAGGGCAAAGAGUGAUGAGCUUUUUAUGGAAAGUCUUCGUAUGGAGGAGAAUGAUACACCUUUAGGAAUGGAAGUGUUGGCUGAUCUUCCUGGGAACGAUGUUAAAGAAGAGGUUGAUGGUUCUCUAGAAUCAAUCAGAGGGUUGACUGGAGAAAGACAACCGAAAGAGAAAGAAGGCUUGUGUGAGGAUGAUCCUGCUAAUGUUGGUGGUGGUAGUUCACAUCCUCCACCUCCACCUGUUCCACCUCCAAAGCCUUCCGCAACUAACUUAACUUCAAGAAGAAGUGCAUCAGGGUCUCCUAAUGCUGUUAAUGCAGGAUCACCAAGGAGAACAGCUGUCUGGCCUGUUGUUUCAGCUAGGUCUUCACCUGCUGGGUCUCGGCCUUCAUCUCCCAAGGCUCAUAGUGAAAGUGAGGGGUAUAAUAGUGCUGAUGAACAGAAUCCAUGCUAUGUGUCCUCUUAUGCUGAUGCAGAAAGGGAGCGGCAGUUUGAAAUUGAUAUUAAAAGGGUGAAAGGCUAUGAAGUAAAAAGAAUGACAGCGGAUGGCAAUUGCCUUUUUCGUGCUGUUGCAGACCAAGUGUAUGGGGACUCAGAACUCUAUGAUUUGGUCAGGCAGAUGAGCAUAGAUUACAUGGAGCGGGAGAGGGAUCACUUUUCUCAAUUUAUAACAGAAGGUUUCUCCUCAUACUGUAAGAGGAAGAGAAGAGAUAAGGUUUAUGGCAACAAUGUUGAGAUCCAAGCCAUGUCUGAAAUGUAUAAUAGACCUAUUCAUAUAUACUCCUACUCCACAGAGCCUAUCAAUACAUUUCAUGGAAGCUAUGACACUGAUUCACCACCAGUACGCCUGAGUUUUCAUUAUGGUAACCAUUACAACUCCCUUGUUGACCCACGGCGUCCAACAACUGGUGAAGGACUUGGUUUCAGCUCUCUUCGUGGGACAAAUGCUGACAAAGAUCAAGUCAAAGCUGCUAUUAAAGCUCAGCAAGAUCAACAAAUCGAUAAUGCACUAUUAGCUGAGGGGAGGUUUUACUCUGAUCUUGAGCUCACAGAGAAGGAAAUUGAGCGCUCUGUAAUGGAAGCUUCUCGAGCUGAAUAUCUUGCUGGUAGUACAUUAAAGCACCAACGUGGGCAUCGAGAAUCGUCUACAUCAACUGCUGAGCCAUCUUCUUCUGGAGCAAGAUCGUCAGGUAGUGAUCCCAAGAUGGAACACGGGAAAGAGUCUAGUCUUAGCAGCAGCAUGCAUACUUUACUAUCAAUGGGAUUUAGUUACCUACAAGCUAUCGAGGCAUACAGCAUUUUUGGGGACGAUGUGGAUUCUAUGGUUUGUUACUUGUUGGAAACUGGCAGCAGUAGCAGACGGAAAGGAAAGGCUACUGAAUGA